AUUAUUGUUUAAAAAAGCAAGUUUCGAGACAAACAAAACAAGUCUCUGGAAGUCGCGCACGGAAAAACUUGCUUUUUUAAACAAUAAUUAACCAUAUUCACAGUCAUAUUUCUCAAAGACUAAAAGGAAUCCUUUUCUAAAAAAUAGACCAGCAUAGUGUACAACUCGUGCACUUUAAACUAGUAUAAAAGAUGGAAAUGGGUCUAUUCUAAUUAGUGUAAUGUUAGUUCGCGAAGUGUGACACGAAAUAAGUUUACAGUGAGCACUCGCCUCGUUGAAUAUAAAAAAGAUGAACAUUUGAUGAAAAUAUAAAAUUUGUUCCUUUCUGAUUUUAUUCUUUAGGCAGAAAAAUGUCUGCUCUUAUAAAUAUGUCUGCUAACUAAAAAAACGAACACAUUGGAAGUAUAUAUAUGCUGAUGUAUGUAUCAACAAUGCAAUCAAAGAAACCGAAUUAUACAAAAUAAAAUACAAUAAAUUAGAAUUUAAAUUCUAUAAUAGAGGAAUAAUUGGGGAAUAGAGGAAGGGCGGAAUAGAGGAAGGGCGGAAUAGAGGAAUAGCGACUGACCGACCGGAACACAUUUUGAAACGUUCCCUAAGGUCUUGAUCGACAGCAUAAAAAUUUGACAAAUAAAUUAAAAUAAUUUCUGUGACUAGAUUAAUCUAAACGUAUUUAACUUACGGAGAGCAAGUCUCAUUUUUGCAAAAAAAAGUUGGUGAGCACAUACAACCAAAAGAUCAAAGCAAAAAAGGCGUAUUUACCUAUAUUGUGAUGUAUAUAUUCACUUCGGCUAUGUAUUGUUCAUGUACUUCUUUUUCUUUGAUUUAAAUAUCUUGUUACAAUGGCACUGAGAGAUCGACAACGUCUUAUACAUACGACAAUGACAGAAGCUUUAAGUCACAAAAAUUUCGUCAAUUACAUGAAGAAUUUACAGGUGUUGGUUCAAUGACUGGCGAUGUGACAAUAAAGUCAUCUGUAUCUUGUCUUAUUAUGACAACUGAAGUUUACGAUGUAUAUUACCAUGCAUCAGAAAUAACACGAGAAGCAGCAUGGGUUAUAUUCGACGAGAUCUAUUAUUUGAGAGAUAAAGUCAUUCUUAUGUCUGAACUUUUAUUAUGUACCAUGCCGUGUCAUCUUAUCUAUGCUGAUAUGCGUCCAGUACCAUUACAUCAUUAUAUUUUUUCCGCCGGCGCUGAACGAUUACAUUCGAUGGUUGAUGAAACGGUAUGCAAAUUUCGUGAGGAUAAACAGACAAAGCGCGGUGGUUUUAAAAAUGACACAAAUUAUUUUAAAAUAGUCAAAAUGAUUUUAAAACGAAAUUUAGCUCGCGUUAUCGUGUUUAGUUUUAGUAAAAAAGAUUGUGAACAAGUUGCUCUUGCAACAGCCAAAUUAGAUUUUAAUUCAGAUCUACCAGCACUUCAGUAUUAUUAUCUUGAAAAUGGAAAUUUAUUAAAUAUAUUCGAUAUACAUUUUUCCAUUGGUUUCUUAUUUUUAAAUACAUUCAUUUAUUUAUUUUGGAAUAAUAAAUGUUAUAUCAAUGAAAAAGCUGCGACGGUUCAACCAGAACUGAUACUCUUAGGUGAUGAUGAUGAUGAUGAAUUGAUUCAAACUGAUAGUAUUAAUGAUGAUACUGACUCGACAAUGUUAAUAAUAUCGUCAUCUUCAUCGAUAACAGUUGGACAUAAUUCAAAAUGUGUACGUUGUAUGUUCGAAUAUUUAAUUCAAAGUUUUGUACCAUUAUAUACAAUGAUGUUGAUAGCGAAUUGGAUUAGAUCCAAUGAUGACUAUCAAAUAAAUUCUGUGGCCUCUCAUUGGAUAAAAUUAACUGCAACAUUAUUAUCACAUUUCAUUUAUACAGGAAUAUGUUUGAUACAUUUGAUAUUAAAAUACUGA